GCACCCGCCGCCUGCUCCUGCCUCUGCCCCAGCCCCAGCCAGCAGCAGGCCAAGUAGCGCCCGCCGCCCGCUCCGGCAACUUUGCACGAGGAGGCGGCCGGGCUGGGGCUGGGGCUGGGGCCGGGGCCGGGCAGGGCCCGAACUUUAUUUGCUCGCGGUCUGAGCCCGGUCCUGCCGCCGAGCGUCGGGUCCGGUUCGCUCCGCGCGGGCAGCGGCUGCUGGGAGCGAAUUGAGCAGGCCGAGGCCGGGGGGAGGGGACAGGGGUUUGCUUCCAGCACAGCCAGAAAGUGAGUUGGGUCGGAGGAAAAGGCAGGGCGAGGGAGACCGGGAAGUUUGAAGCCCGACGUGACAUGGGAGUAGGAAGGGGAGAGCCGCGGCCAGAGGAAGAGCUGUUUUGUUGCAUUCGCAACAAUGGGGAUGGAGAAGGGAGCAGGCCAAGUGCUGGGAGCAGGGAUGGGGCAGAGGGGAUCCGGCACAGAGGGCUCCUCUCUGCACCAGGCCUGUGCCAAGAAACCACAGGAUUGCCUCCCUGCAGAUCAGGCUUUUAAAAAGUGUCUGCCUUAACGUGCUGGAUUUGAAAAGGGUUUUGAGUGCUUGGCACACAGUUCCCUUGUAACUUCCCAACUGCAGUGAACCUGAAUGGGGCAUUUGAGUUUUUGGGGCUUUUCAGCCCUUGUGGUUUUGAAUCAGGCUUUACAUUUUGAUGGCUUGUAAAACAAGGGGAAAAAAAUUCCCCACAACAGCUAAACAAUUUUCAGAAGCAAAAGAAGUUAAGAGCUGGCAUUGCUGGAGCAAUAGCAGCAUAGGACUAAGGGCUUCAUACACUACAUUUGAGGAAAUGAGGUAGAAAAGAUGUCUGUUGUCCCUUCUUGUUUUGGCAUCCCCAUUUUACCCAAACAUAAUUAAACAAAACUAUCAAAUUCCAAGCUUCCAGAUGAAUGCUUUGCAUUUAGCUUGUCUAACUUGGUCCCGAUUAUAGUUGGUCAAAUUAAAAAAAAAUAUAACUAGAAAAAAGCUUUGCCAGCUAUGAUAUCAUUCUAAAACUUCCAGGAAGCACUCCAGAAAGUUGGGUUUUUUUUGGUUGUUUUAACACCUCUUUUUCCCCCCUCCUCCCCCCCAACACGUGCACACACCUUCCCCUCUUGCUCCUCACUAAAGUCUUUAUCAUGGUAAAAACAUUUUACUUUCAAAAGUCAGAUUAUUAAAUAUGAUAGGAAAUUAAGUGGUUCAGGUAAUACAGAGGGAAAUUCAACAAAUGUGGUUUUUAUGAGUCUGAGGAAGUUAGGCACUCAAAUCUUGAUCUCCUUCACAUUCUUUUGGAUCCUCUACUUAAAUUGUUGAUCUAUACCCUGUACAGAUUUUUUUUUUUGUAUUUUUCAAUUGCUUUGGCUUAAAAGGUACUGGAAUGUGUCAGUGCUCAAUUUGCUGUGAUUUAUUGUAGAGCUCACUUGUGUACUAUAUUCCAUAUUUGUGGCAAGACAUAUUUUUAAUCAUAUCCUCAAAAUCUUUUUUUUUCUUGAGGCAAGUUGAAUAUUGUCAUGUAUGUUUUGUUUGUAAGCUAUAUUUAUUUCCUCUGUCUUAAUAUAUUCUUGUUCUAGAUACCAAGUUUCCACUUCUUAAAAUAAGCUAAUAGUGCAUGGUUGCACCUGGAAGAAUUAAACUCCCUUGCUCCUCCAUCCUGAGCCUUUUCUGAACCGCUGUAGACAUGGAUUCUUCCAAGAUGGUCUGCAAGGCUGUCCUCUGGCGAGGCAGUAAGAGGCAGUGGAGCUGGCCUCGGCACCGGGAGAGGCUGGACUUCCCGUCUCUCUGUGCUGAAUGGCUGCGAUGGCGCCCGCUCUCACUGACGCAGCAGCUGAAGCUCACCAUAUCCGGUUCAAGCUGGCUCCCCCGUCCUCCACCUUGUCUCCUGGCAGUGCCGAGAACAACGGCAACGCCAAUAACAUCCUCCUUACUGCCAACGGCACCAAACGGAAAGCUAUUGCAGCAGAGGAUUCCAGCUUAGAUUUCCGAAACAAUCCUACCAAGGAAGAGCUGGGCAAGCUGCAGCCUCUAGUGGCCUCUUAUCUCUGUUCGGAUGUAACAUCUGUUUCUUCAAAAGAGCCUUUGAAGCUGCAAGGAGUCUUCAACAAGCAGACAGUCCUUAAAUCUCACCCUCUCUUAUCUCAGUCCUUCUUGAAAACAAGUGAUCUGUUAGAGUUUUCUUUAGAAAAUCUAAAAACAAUGAGUACUAGUGGUCAGCCUCCUCUGCCGCAAGCACCUGUUAAUGGCUUAGCCAAGAAAUUGGCAAAAAGUACCAAUUCAGACCAUGAAAACUCCAGUUCACUUAAUGGUGGGAAGCGUGCUCCCCUCUCUGCCACCCUCCAAGGUGUUGACUCUAACACCUCUGGGGGAUCUGAAUCAGGGGACUUAAAGGUGGGUUUGACCAAUUGCACUCUUCCACACAGAAGCCUUGAUGCAGAGCACACAACUCCAUUUAGCAAUAACAGCACUGCAAACAAAUCUUCCCUUAAUUCCACAGAACAGCAGCGGGUGCUUGAAGGAGGCAGUGGCGAAGCCAGGUUGGUGUCUGGUGAGGAUGCUCCAUCUGAUUUUGUCAGCAGCAAAUCAGAGGAACAGAAACCUCCUCUGUCAGCUGCUCAAUUCAGUACCCUGGACUCUGAUAUGAGGACCAGGGCACUGCUACGGCGGCAGGCAGAUAUUGAAAACCGUGCCCGCAGGCUGCAGAAACGCCUGCAGGUGGUGCAGGCCAAACAAGUAGAGAGACACAUCCAGCAACAGCUGGGUGGCUUCUUGGAGAAGACCCUGAGCAAACUGCCAAAUUUGGACUCCUUGAGGCAUCGUAGCCAGCUAAUGCUGACCCGCAAGGCAGAAGCAGCCUUGAGGAAAGCUGCAAGUGAGACGACUACUUCGGAAGGACUAAGCAGCUUCCUAAAGAGUGACUCUAUCACAGAAGAACUGGAGAGAUUUACAGCAAGUGGGAUGUCCUAUUUGAGAUCCAGUGAGCAAGCAUUUGAUUCAGAUGUUACUGACAGCAGCUCAGGAGGGGAGUCCGACAUUGAGGAGGAGGAACUGACCAAAGCAGACGUAGAUCAACACCAUGUACCAUUGAGGCGACGGUCAGAAUGGAGGUGGGCAGCGGAUCGGGCGGCUAUAGUCAGUCGCUGGAACUGGCUUCAGGCUCAUGUCUCGGACCUGGAGUACCGAAUUCGACAGCAAACAGAUAUUUACAAGCAGAUUAGAGCCAAUAAGGGGUUGAUAGCCCUUGGUGAAGCAUCACCUCCAGAUCCUGCAGCAGAUGAUGCAUCCCAUUCCCUUAGUGCCGAAGUUAAACUGGAGCCUGGGAUAGACAGACUGGGUGCUUCUGCUUCCCAGCUGCUAGAGAACCUUGGUACAUCUGCAGCAAACGCUUCGGAAUCCCUUCCUUCCAAACCCUGUGGAGCACUGAGACCUGUCAAUGGUGUCAUUAACACUCUUCAGCCUGGCUUGGCAGAACAUGCUCAGGGAGAUGGCCCAGAUGCUGAGGAGCUGUUACAUAAAAAGCAGCGACUGAACAUGGUCUCUUCUCCUCCUUCCGAUGCAACCUGUGUUGCAGCUCGCACCCGCCCGGCACUAAGCUACAAGAAGAGACGGCUUGUUCGACCUAGCAACAUCGUGCCCCUUUCCAAAAAGGUCCUUCGUAACAGCAUGGCACGAUGUAGCUGUGACGUGAAUCCCUUGUGCGCCCUCUGUGGCACCCGAAGCUCCGUGUCUCCAGAAAUCCAGUAUGAUGCCCCUUUGCUGGAGCGCCUCUCCCAGCUAGACUCCUGUAUUCACCCUGUUCUGUCAUUCCCAGAUGAUGUGCCGACAAGCCUGCACUUCCAGAGUAUGCUGAAAUCCCAGUGGCAGAAUAAGCCCUAUGAGAAGAUUAAACCUCCCAAAAAGCUGUCACUGAAGCAUAGAGCCCCCAUGCCAACCAGCAGUCUGUCUGACCCGGCUCGUAAGGACCGCCACAAGCUGGUCAAUUCCUUCUUCACUACAGCCAAGCGCUCACAUCACAAAAUCCUACCAGACAAGGCAUACAGGCAACCCUUAGACGAUUUAAUGGCCAUGUCCAAGGCCGAGAGAGCGCCAGAGCGCUCACUUAUCCAGCCUCCUGCACAUGACACAAACCGAUUGUGGGACUACUCAUCUGAGAGAAGCGAAGUGUUGAAGCAUCACACGGAUGUUGGAGGCCCAAGCUACUUAUCAGCGGCUACAACCCCAAUGCCUCACAGCCCCAUUGUGCGGCAGUUGUCCACCUCCUCUGAAAGUUCUGCUCCUGCCAGCGCAAGUUCACAAGGCACCUCUCAGCCAAGGAGGAGGAGAGGUGAAAGCUCAUUUGAUAUUAAUAACAUUGUCAUCCCAAUGUCUGUUGCUGCAACAACUCGUGUGGAGAAACUGCAGUACAAAGAGAUCCUCACACCAAGCUGGCGUGAAGUGGAUAUCAGUGCUCUAAAAGUGAACUCAGAUGAAGACAAUGAGGAGAUCGAGGACCUGUCUGACUCGGCCUUUGCUGCUCUGCAUGCCAAGUGUGAAGAGAUGGAGCGGGCAAGGUGGCUGUGGAGCACCAGCAUGCCCCCUCAGCGACGAGGCAGCAGGUCUUACAGAUCGACAGAUGGACGGACAACCCCUCAGCUGGGUAAUCCCUCUACUCCCCAGCCAGCAUCCCCUGAUGUGGGCAGCUGCCACUCCCACUCAGAGUUUUCCCACACACACUCUCCGCGCAGUCCCAUCAGCCCUGAGCUCCUGUCUGCCCCCCUGACUCCACUGUCCCGAGACUCCAUGCGGCUCUUGUCCAGCGAGGACACCCGUUGCUCCACACCCGAGGCUGGCUUUGAUGAGCUGGCUGUACAACCCUGGGAGCGACGCACCUUCCCGCUCUCCUACAACCCCAAGACAGAGUGCGAGGACCAAUCCGAUCCCCAGGACCGGUCGUCACGUUGCACCCGGCGCACGUCAGGCAGCAAGUCGUCCCGGGAGAUGGACGGCACUCCCCCCUUGUCCACCUUCGCCAGCCUCAAGAGUCGGAACCCAGUCGCAGCCCCGGCAGCAGCAGCGGUGGCAGCAGCAGCAGUUCAGCGACCAGCGCAUAGAUAGAGACAGAUGGGAAGGAAUAAGCAAAACCCACACACGCAACUAACUCUUGGCAUUAAAGCUUCCGAAAUCUGCGUUUGAUAUUCAAACAUCCUGCUGGGAAUUUUCACAGUUUUUAGUGAAUUUAAGGAGUUUAGAAACUGUUUUGUUUUUUUGUUUUUGUUUCUUUUUUUCCAUGUUUCCUUGUCACACAGAUGAGCCCCAGGUUCCUCCCAGCCAAGGGAAGCCUUGGGAGGGGAGCAGCCCGCCAGACACCCUUUCUGCCCCACCCCCACUUAGGUGUAUAAUUCUAGAGCACAGGAUGUAGCUGACUAGCAGAUUAUGGGGAUUGAUUUCUCAAGCAAAAGGGUGUUUUUCCUUCUACCCUCUGCCCACUACCCCCUCCCUGAAAGGUUUAGUGGAGUGAAAUUAGUGGUGAAAAGUGAUGUCUUUGGAAUGCAGCCUCCUUCACUAGCUGUCUCCUUAUGUGCAGAGCAGAGAUCUGACGGCCCCUGAGCCCCCACCCUCCCACAUCACCUCCUGGUUGUUUUUGUUCCCCCGGGUUGUAAUUCCAGGUAUUCAUAGGAGUGAUUCUGACCCCACUAAGGCUGCCUGUUGCAUUAGUGUACUGAUUUUCAGCUCUUCCUUUCCCCCAUCCUUGCUUUCAGAACUUCUGUUCCUUUCGUAGAGAACAAGUGUCCCUGUCAGCUGGGGAAAGGAAGGUCCUUCUCAGCCGCUUCACGCACAGCUCCUUGUGGGAGAGUGGGAUUUUGGAAGCAGUCUUGUUCCAUUUACAUCAUGUCUUUUCCCUGUUCACAACCCAGGGUAAUGAGUCCAGCCCGGUGCGUUCUUGUGCUGCAGUGGGAGCAGACCUUACACAAUGCACUUAAGGACUCAUGUUGGGAUCUGACUUUCUGCUGGCACUAGUAAGAAUUUCAGCUGGGUAAUGCAGAUCUUUUACCACUUCUCUUUUCCUUUAUGUCCCUGUCUCCACCUCCUUUCCCCCCACCUCACCCCACCCAUACACCUUGAAAGUUUCAGGCCAUAUUAACUGCCACCACUUCUGUUAACUAUUAGUACUGCUCAGAAACCAUCCUGAGUUGCAGUGGUCAGGAAGGACGGGUCCUGUUGCCAUGCCUGGGCCUUGCCCUGGGAAUGCUAUAGGGUUGCAGUGCAUAGGCCACUUAGUUCUGUUUCCUUGCCGCUGGGUUGGCCUCUUCAAAGAAGCCCGGAAGAUUUAAGGCGGCAGCAGCAUUGUGUCCUGCUCAUCUGCCAGCUCUGUCCUUGUACAGGUGCUCAGUGCUUGCUUAGGAAAGAAAUAGGACUUGUUUUUCACCACUGCUCAAUUCCACUUCCACACAUUUUGAAAACAGAUGUUUAGUCAGUUUCAUUUUGGAGGGCUCUUGAGUCUCACAGCAGCCACCAGGCUUGACAGGUGUCUUCUUUUCAAGUAAUACCGCCACCACUGCCCCCACCUCUUUGCUGCCCCCGGUGACUCCUGGAUCCCACACACCGUUUCCAUCUGUAACGUUUUUCUGAUCCUGACGGUGUGGCUAUGGUUCCUGUCCUGUUGUUAGCAUUGUGCCUGUCUUGCGUAUAAUCACAUCACCAAAAAAGGAAAAAAAAAUACAAAGGACAUAAUUUUUUUUUCCAUUUUGUAAUCGUAAAGAAAUAGUAGCUAAACUGCUUAAUGGUUGGGGUUUUCACAAUUUUCAACAUUAUCUAGUGUUUUUUGGUUCUGUUCUAGUUUAAAGGAUUUGUCAUCGUUUCUUUAAAAAAAAACAAAAAAAAAACAAUGCUACCAUAUCCCUCUGCAUAAGUGCUUUUCUAUUUAUAAGGUUGAAAAUUCUGAAUAACCCUUUUAGCAUUAUAAAAAAAACACAAAAAACACCUUGUAUUUUGUAAAUAUUUUCUUUUCCUGCUUUGAGCUGUGUAAUGUCCUUGUUAUAUAGAAAUGCUUUUCUUCCGAGAAGCUGAUCUUUGUUAAUGUCUUGAUUCUGUUGGCAAAGCACAAAUGUGCUUAUAAAAAAAAAAAAGAGAAAAGAUUAAAAAAAUAUAAAAAAGUUAGAACAUUCUCUGCAA